AUGACGGAUGCUGAGUACCUUGAAUUUGAAAGACAGAUAGCUGAAAACAGAGCCGCCGAUGAGCGAAGACGUGGUAGAUCUCCAGCUGGCCCUCCAGGUCAAGCUGGGCCUCAACAACAAGGUCCAGUACCUGGAGGGAGAUCAAGAAGGUCCAGAUCUCGGAGUCCUCGAAAUAGGGCACGUAGUAAAGAAAGGAGAAGAUCACGAUCUAGGUCUCCAGACAGGAGAAAAAGAAGGUCCAGGAGUCGUUCUCCAAGAGAUGCUCGUAUAUCCUUUUCUAGGAGGAGGAGAAAGCCUUAUAAAUAUUGGGAUGUACCCCCUCCAGGUUUUGAGCAUAUAACCCCAAUGCAAUAUAAAGCUAUGCAAGCCGCAGGACAAAUUCCACAAACUAUCACUGUUCCCAAUGCUGCAUUAACAUUAGACACUUCUGUUCCAUUUGCUGGAAGUGCUAUUAGCCGGCAGGCUCGACGAUUGUAUGUUGGAAACAUUCCCUUCGGGGUUACUGAAGAAGCAAUGAUGGAUUUUUUCAAUCACCAAAUGAAAGUGACUGGAUUGGCCCAAGCUGAAGGAAAUCCAGUUAUUGCUGUGCAAAUAAAUUUGGAUAAAAACUUUGCAUUUUUAGAGUUCCGUUCCGUAGAUGAAACUACCCAAGCCAUGGCUUUUGAUGGAAUCAACUUCCAGGGACAGUCAUUGAAAAUUCGCCGGCCACGAGAUUACCAACCGCUCCCAGGAAUGGCAGAAACCCCUUCAGUUGCUGUUCCAGGUGUUGUGUCUACAGUUGUUCAAGAUUCUCCACAUAAAAUUUUCAUUGGUGGAUUGCCCAACUACCUAAAUGAAGACCAGGUGAAAGAAUUGUUGACGUCAUUUGGCCCAUUAAAGGCAUUUAAUUUGGUCAAAGACAGUGCUACAGGUUUAUCAAAAGGAUAUGCCUUUUGUGAAUAUGUAGAUGUGACUAUUACUGAUCAGGCCUGUGCAGGAUUAAAUGGUAUGCAGCUUGGAGAUAAAAAGUUAAUUGUACAGAGAGCAAGCGUUGGUGCAAAGAAUGCUCAGAAUCCUGUUCAGCUCCAGAUCCCAGGCUUGAACUUAAACCAAGGUGCUGGGCCACCAACUGAAGUUUUAUGCCUCAUGAACAUGGUAACACCUGAUGAGUUAGAAGAUGAAGAAGAAUAUGAAGAUAUUGUUGAAGAUGUCAAAGAAGAAUGUGGCAAAUAUGGUAUGGUGCAUAGUCUUGAGAUCCCACGUCCAAUCAAAGGUGUUGAUGUGCCAGGAUGUGGAAAGAUCUUUGUGGAAUUUAAUUCAGUUAUAGAUUGUCAGAAGGCUCAACAAGCAUUAACAGGAAGGAAAUUUUCAAACAGAGUUGUAGUAACCUCCUAUUAUGAUCCAGAUAAAUAUCAUCGGAGAGAAUUUUAA